UUAUAUCUCUUUCUCCCUCCGUUCCUCUAUUACUCUGCAACUUUCUCCUUUUUCGUUUUUCUCAAAUUUCUGCUUGGUUCUCGUCAUUCCACGAUCAGAUAUCCAACACAGCUCCAAUAAGGAUUGUUGUGUUUUUCUCGGAAAAUUGAGCAGCUAAUAUUUGCUGGUCCCCCGUUUCUUAUUUGGACAUUAAGUAGGUUCCCGGUGGUUUAGUUUUCUUUUUAACCAUUUCGCAUUGCAACAUCUUUGUGAGAGACGGCUCAAGAAUUAUAAUUUUGCAAGGAUAAAAUGUCUUCUCCUAGCAAGAGGAGAGAAAUGGAUGUCAUGAAAUUGAUGAUGAGUGAUUACAAUGUGGAGACAAUAAAUGAUGGGCUGAAUGAAUUUAAUGUGGAAUUUCAUGGUCCUAAAGAAAGCCUUUAUGAAGGUGGGGUCUGGAAAAUACGGGUUGAGCUUCCUGAUGCUUAUCCAUACAAGUCUCCUUCUAUUGGGUUUGUGAACAAAAUAUUCCAUCCAAAUGUUGAUGAGCUUUCUGGUUCUGUAUGCUUGGAUGUCAUCAACCAGUCAUGGAGUCCAAUGUUUGAUCUUUUGAAUGUUUUUGAGGUUUUCCUACCACAGCUGUUGCUUUAUCCUAAUCCUUCAGAUCCACUCAAUGGUGAUGCUGCAUCAUUGAUGAUGAAGGAUCGAGAAAAGUAUGAUCAGAAAGUGAAAGAGUACUGUGAUCGAUAUGCCAAAAGGGAAGAUAUUAUGAACUCCACAGCUGAAGAGCAGAGUGACGAGGAGGAUAUCAGUGAUGAAGAAAGUGGAUCAAGUGACAAUGAUAUUGCUGGACAUGUAGACCCAUAAAGGAUUCGGGCCCUUAUAACAGGGGUAGGAACCCUAUAGUACAAUUUACAUGUUUACAUCUUCUAAAGAUAUAGUCCUGCAACUACUUUUCAUUGGCUUGUAAAAUUAUAAAUGAUUUAGGCAAUUUUUCCCACUAUAGGAAAACAGUGGGUUGUUGAAGUGAAUUAUUCAUUUGAUUGUAUGGAUACUCUUUUGGAAAUGGACAGAAAGAAUCAGAUAAGUUAAUCAGACA